UGUUUGUGGCGACUGGAGCGUUUGGCGAAAUGGCGUCGUCUAAUCCGAUUACGAAAUUGAAUCGCGAAGACUGGAAGAAGCAGAAGGAGCUAGAGGAGGCUAGGAAGGCCGGAACGGCACCUGCCGAAGUGGAUGAAGAGGGAAAAGACAUCAAUCCUCACAUACCACAAUACAUCCGAGAGGCUCCAUGGUACGUUAGCACCGGAAGACCGACUCUGAAGCAUCAGAGAGUUCCGGGGGAGAUGAUAAAGACUUAUGCUGGAAUGAAGGAUUGGUAUACACGAGGCAUGAAAGCAGGCCCAGCUGUUGCCAAGUUUCGUAAGGGUGCGUGUGAAAAUUGUGGUGCCUUGACUCACAAGAAGAAAGACUGCAUGGAGAGACCACGAAAGAUCGGUGCAAGAUACACAGGCAGUGAUAUUGCUCGAGACGAAGUCAUACAGCCAGACAUUGAUCUUGAUUUUGCUGGAAAACGAGACAGGUGGAAUGGCUACGACCCCGAAGAGUAUCAGCAGAUAGUCAACGAACACGCUCAGAUGGAAUUGGCAAAGAAGCAACUGAAAUCCGAUCAACUGAAGCAAGAGUUUACAGAAACGGUUGACGAGGAAGAUGCAGAGACGGAGAAGAAGAAUGACAGCGACUUGGAGGAAGACGAGGAUAAGUAUGCACACGAAGAGGCGAUGCCCGGGACAAAGUUUGAUACGAAACAACGUAUGACUGUGAGAAACUUGAGAAUCCGCGAAGACACAGCAAAGUAUCUCUACAACUUGGAUGUGAACGGACCAUACUACGACCCAAAGACAAGAUCCAUGCGUGAGAACCCAUUCAAAGAGAUGGGCCUGAGUGCAACAGAAGUGAAAUAUGCAGGCGAUAAUUUUGUGAGAAACUCUGGAGAUACAGUGAGGAUGGCACAGGCUCAAGUGUUUGCUUGGGAUGCUUAUGACAGAGGCACGAGUGUACACCUCCAGGCUGAGCCAACGAAACUCGAACUUCUUCAGAAAAACUUCUCAGUAAAGAAAGACAAGUUCAAGAAUGAACUACAGGACAGCAUUUUGUCGAAGUAUGGUGGAGAGGAACAUCUUGAUGCGCCUCCAAAGGAGCUACUGAUGGCACAAACGGAAAAUUACGUGGAAUAUUCACGGUUUGGUGACAUCAUAAAAGGAGAGGAGAAAGUCAUUGCGAAGUCUAAAUAUGAGGAAGACGUUUAUAUUAACAAUCACACUAGCAUUUGGGGUUCGUAUUGGGAGAGUGGAUCGUGGGGAUAUGUGUGCUGUUAUUCGUUGGUGAAGAAUUCUUACUGUGUAGGAAAAGAUGGGGCGGGCGAAGCAAAGGUAUCCGUUGUUGACUUGUUAACAUCCAAUCCAUUUACAAACGACAAAGAACCGGACACGAGUCGGCCACUUAUUGAGCAACAUCAGGAGAAACGAAAAGAAAAGAAGAAGAUGAAGAAGAAGAGGAAAGACAAAGACAAGGAGGAGAGCGAGAGUAGAGAGGAUAGACUAGCAAGAGCUCUCAAAGCUGAAGAAGAGAGAAUCAAGGAGGUCGACGGGAUGCUUGCUGUUGAUGAGAGAAAACGCAAAUACAACUCACUGAAAGAGAUGCAGAGCAUGCAGGCUCCAACGGAAGAAGAAAUCGAAGCGUUUCAGAUCAAGAGAAAGAGACCUGAUGAUCCAAUGGCUCAAUUUUUAACGAAUAACUGAUGAGGUAAUACAGUGAAGUAAACUUGAAUGUACAUAAGAUGUGAAUUAUAAUGGAAAUGCCUGCUGCUGGUUCUUUUGAGUUACUUCAAGUGUUCUGUUUUAACACACACACACAC